CAGAUCAGGAUGCAAAUGCACCCGGCAAAUUCAAACGGCAAGAACAACAAGUCAAGAUCGUUUUCAAAGAAAGAUGGAUCCCCUGACCUCUCAAGAGACUCUGAGAAGAGCCUCACUUCAUUCUCUCCUACAUUAGAUGAUUCUCUGGAGGGAAAGUCGGAUGCGAGUCCAUCGUCGAAGAUAGUCCGCCCACAGACAGCACCAGCGAAGCGAAGUCUGUCCAAGGCAAACACAACAAUCAUUCAGGGAGGCAAGCACAAACAAACCAAGAAUGAAUUAGAUUCCAGUUCUGCAUCACUCUUCGAAACGAGCCUGGAAGGAACCAAUUCUUCUCAGCAACAUAUCAAAGGGAAAGGAAUGCAACAAGACCAGGCCAAUCACGCCGAAUUCUCAGAGAACAGCCAAGACGUCAGCGCUCUCCAAGCCGAGAUCUUGCAACUAAAAGAUAGAAUUGUCGCUCUUGAAAAUCACUCUAAGACCGUCGAGGAAGAGAGAUACAAGCUCCUGCAGGAGAAUCGAGACCUUCGAGCGAAGCUGCAUGAAAGCGACAAGGAGGAGAUUAGCCGGAAGUUGUCGGAGAUGACGGAGAAGUGUCAACAGACGCUGCUUGCCAACGGAAGGCUCAUGGAGAAGGUGAAGCUGUUGAGCCAGGCCGACUCGAACGGACAGGACGGCUCGUCCACGACCUCCUGAGCUCCCUUUGCGAUUCUGAGAGAGGAGAGGAGAGGAGGUUCCUUGUCUUGAGGAUGCCAAGCGAAGCAGAUGUCAGAUGGGAUUCUUUAUGAUGUCAGUGAAUGUUUUCAG